UACACGAAUACUCAGAGAUGCGUGUGCUGCUGGAGACUGAGUUCAGCCGACAAUAUGUGUGCAGCGCUGAUGUGCAUGAGCAGCUCCGCGAUCGCAAGAAACGCAAGCAGGAAUCUUUUCACGAAUACCUAUUGCAGAUGAAAAAGAUUGCUUCACUUGGCAACAUUGAUGCACGCUCGGUUAUCCGCUAUGUUGUGGACGGCCUAAACAUGAAGAGCGGUUUCAGGUACUCUCUCUACAGUUGCAACUCCUACAAAGAGCUACAGGAGCAGUAUGAGGUGUUCGACCGCGUGGUCGACAAGCCGUACAAGCAGAACGACGGAAAGUGGGCGUCGAACCAGAGGAAGCAGCACGAUUUCAACGACAGGAAGAGUCACUGCUUCAAUUGUGGGUCAGUAGAUCAUCUCCGCAAGGAUUGCAAGUCUGCCGUGAAAUGCUUCAGUUGCAACCAAGAGGGGCACAUGUCAAGAGAUUGCCCUGGGUCAGUUGCUGGAGUCCAAGUCGUACGCAGUGCAGGUCGUAUGAAAAUGGUUAGCAUCAAUCACGUGGAAGUGGAGUGUCUUGUAGAUACGGGAGCCGAUGUAUCUAUUCUGCGCAAGUACAUCUUCAACAAAAUACCAAAUGAUAUUUUGGAGAGAUGUGCGUCCAAGCUUCGUGGGCUGGGAAAUAAGAUUACGUGCCCAGUUGGCUACUUUUUGACUGAGGUUGCAGUAGACCAGGAAAUGACGCCACACAAGUUCGUCGUAGUUGAGGAUGAGGACAUCGAGUAUGACGCGCUGCUUGGAUUCGAUUUCGUCUCGAAGUUUGACUUUUCGCUGUCGGCCGACGGAUACAAGUUUUCUUCUCCGCUGGGGGAGAAAGCUUGUAAGAAACCAAACCAGAUGAAAAUUUAUAACAUAAUUAAUACAUAUGAUGAAAUAGAUGUUCCUUCGCAGUAUGCUAAGGAGGUGUCUCAGCUGAUCAUGAACUACAAAGCGGCGGAUUCGGUAGCAGAAGUCCCAAUCAAGCUGCGAAUCGUCCCGGAUGUGGAAAUCGUCCCAUUUCGUCAAUCCCCAAGUAGAUUUGCGAUUGCCGAAGAGAAGGAUGUCCAAAAGCAGAUCGACGAAUGGUUAGAUGCUGGAAUCAUUCGCCCAUCUACAUCUAAUUUUGCCAUCCGUCUUGUACUGGUGACCAAAAAGGAUGGCACACGGCGUAUUUGCGUUUAUUUUCGCAAGCUGAACUCAAUGGUGUUGAGAGACUGCUUUCCUGUUCCGGUUAUCGACGACGUUCUGCAAAAGCUGCAAAAAGCGGGGUUACGUAAAUUAUGUAUUCCAAGAGCUUAUGAACAGGGAUGUACUAGACUUGUACAUGGAUGACAUAAUAAUUCACGCCGAAACUGCAGAGCAAUGUUUGGAGAAGAUGAAACUGGUAUUUAACACAGCUGGAGCGUUUGGCCUGAAGAUAAAGUGGCGAAAAUGUCACUUUUUGCAGAAGAUUUAUUUUUUAGGCCACAACAUUGAGGUCGGAGACGUAUGGCCUGGACAAGAAAAGACAGCUGCGGUCAGCAAAUUUUCGAUGCCGAAAAACGUCAGAGCGGUUCAAGCGUUUUUAGGGCUGACUGGAUUUUUCAGAAAAUUCGUACUGAAUUAUUCGCAGAUUUCACGCCCAUUGACUGACCUGCUGCGAAAAGAUGUUUUCUUUCGAAUGGCCGAGCCGCAGAUAAACGCAUUCCAAAGUUUGAAGGACGCCUUGACGAAAGAACCCGUUUUAAAGUUGUAUAUCAGAGGGGCCAAAACAGAGUUACACACGAAUGCAUCAAAAGAUGGAUUUGCAGCGGCCUUAAUGCAGUGGUUCGACGGCUGACUCCAUCCAGUACAAUAUUGGAGCAAGAAGUCAUCAGAAGCUGAGUCCCGUCAGCACAGUUAUAUCCUUGAAGCAAAGGCCGUUUAUCUAGCUGUAAAGAAAUUUAGACAUUACCUGCUGGGAUCGCCAUUUAAGCUGGUAACGGAUUGCUCUGCAUUUAAGCAAACCCUACAGAAGGCGGAUGUGCCAAGAGAAGUCACGCAGUGGAUUGUUUAUCUACAGGAUUUCGAGUUCACAGUGGAACAUCGCCCUGGAGAACGGUUGAAGCAUGUUGACUGUCUCAGUCGCUAUCCCGACCGUGUGAUGCUCGUAUCCUCGGAGAUCACAGCUCGGAUCAAAGCCGCACAAGGAAAAGACGAGAUGCUAAAGGCAAUUAUGGAAAUUCUGACCAGCUGUCCAUAUGAGGGCUACAAGAUGAAAGCUGGACUUGUUUAUAAGGAGGUGAAAGGCAACGACCUCCUCGUGAUCCCGAAAGCGAUGGAAAAAGAAGUUAUUGUCGACGCCCACAGUGCAGGUCAUUUUGCAUUACAGAAAACUGUUCACGCUGUUCAACAAUUGUAUUGGAUUCCUCACUUAGAACAGAAGGUUCAGCAGGUGGUGAACAACUGUGUGAGAUGCAUAAUUUUCAACAAAAAACUUGGCAAGAAAGAAGGAUUCUUAAGCUGUAUUGCUGUAUUGAUAAAGGUGACCCCUUCACACGCUGCAUGUUGAUCAUCUAGGCCCCAUGGAUGCCACUGGAAAACAGUAUAAGUACAUAUUUGUGAUGGUGGAUUCAUUCACAAAAUUUAUUUGGCUGUUCCCAACGAAAACUACAAGCUGCGAGGAAACGUUGAAGAAGUUAAGGAUUUGGUCGGAAAUUUUUGGCAACUCUGUGCGGAUAGUUUCGGACAGAGGCUCCGCUUUCACGGCCAACUCGUUUGCAGAACAUAUGAAGGAAAACGGCAGCAGACUUUGAAGGCCCAUCUAACACGUUCACCAGUUGUGAUUAUAUGAAGCUGUGGCGAUAUGUCCAGGACAAUGCGGAUGAUUGGUCAUCUGGGACAGAUGAUUAGUCAGGAAUGGCCGAAUGUAAGACGGUUGAGUAAGAUAACCAGCAGAAUUAAAAGCAGAGCGACAAGAGAGGAGAGAAGCAGAGCAAGAGCAGUAAAAGUCGGACGAGUUCAUUCGGGAAGUGACAGUCAGCCGAGAGAGUCGAUAUUCAGCAGCAGAGUGGAAAAAUAGAAACCCGAACGAUACUUUAAGAAAAGCCGAAACGCGGAAAAUAUCCUGCAAUUAUUGUUGUUAACCAUAAUACUUAAUAUAUAUCACUAUAACAAAGGUCAAGUGAGAGUAUUUCUCAUCUUACAUGUGCACACGUUCGGUCAUCGGAAAGUAGUUUGUGGCAGUUGAGCAACAAGGCAAAUUCACAUUUGCGCGUCCUUACUACAUUGGCAACCUCGCAGGAGAUUCUUGACGACGUUUUAACCCAUCUCAUCGCUUCGAAGCUGGACCACC